AUGCCUACUUUUCUGCACCGUAUGGAUACCCGUCGCCUCCGCGGCAGCGAUAUGAAACGUCUUGUUCGUAUCCUCCGCCAUGUUCCUGAUCCUACUGAUGAGCGUUUUGAGCGCAAGGAGGCGUCUUAUCGAAAACAUACCAAGGAAGACAUACACAACCUGCCUAGCCGCCUCCGCUCGUCGCGACUAUCUUUCGGUUCUACGAACCUAUGCUCUAUGCACAAGGGGCUCAACCACAACCUGAUCAAUGAUAUAUGGCAAUGGUUACGGCACGAGUUUGAAGGCGCCAUUGGCAAGUUCUUGUAUCCUCUUAUCAUGUCCAACCGUCUAACCGCAAAACAGGAGUGGAAUGUGCGCCAACUAGAGCCAGUGCUGGAAAUGUGGAAUGUGGACUUUAGCCUUGAGGCGUCUGCGCCUCCAGGUCAUGAGCCUGUUUCCCAUGGAUCGCAAUGGGAGUACCAGCGAGACGGAUGUCCAGCAUGCAUGAUGGCACGGAUUGGCUCCGACGAGCACGUUCUGUUCGCUCUCUUCGCAAACAUGGUUGGUCGCUUCAACACCAAGUCACUCACUAGCACCGGCGGAUGGAAAAAGACACGUUCCAAACGCCUCCGAUUCGUCCGAUAUUGGGUCAAGGCAACUCACGACGGGGACACCACUCUUUCUUACGCCGGAGAAUUGGGUCUGAAGAUGAAACAGCUGAGCCCACCCUCACCCAUCCCAACGAUUCGCCCAGCUCGCAACACUGCCACCUCCAAGCGUGCUGAUGAGCCUGUCCACAACCUCCAUUCCUCCCGUCCAGCUCGCAGCACUGCCACCUUCAAGCGCGCUGACGAGUCCGUCUACGACCUCCAUUCAUCCCGUCACACUCGCAACCCUUCUAUCAAGACCACCAGUACCUUCACCACGAUCGCUUCCUAUACCGGUGGUCCCUCCGCCGUCGUCCACCUCCACGACCCCCUUGACAAUCCUAUUUACGACGCCAAGACUAAAGAAGAUCGGGUGGAGUACUACCGCCGACAACUUCGCCCAAGGCUCUACGACGAUCCUGUCAAGAAAGCGGAGAAGGCGGAGUCGACGGCACUGCCGCUGCCAAAGUCAACAUCCAUGUAUUCCGAGUUUGGCAAUACGGGAUUUGACGGUGGACGGCACCCACAUGACAAUAACAACAACAACAACAACAACAAGGCGUACCUUCAGGCACCCAGGCAGGAACGAUGA